UUCCUUUUCAUUUAUCAAAAUUACAUGUUUCUUGUAGCUUUUUAAAUAGUAUAAAUUAAACUUGUUUUUUGUUAUUAAAGGUUAAUUUCAAUUAUUCAAUUACAUAUUCAAAUUCCCCGUAUCAAAAUUAUGUCACGUGAAGUUCAUAUGAAUAAAACGCUAGUUAUAAUGUAAUUAAUACGUAAAGGAAAAUAAUAUAGCAUCCCUGGAAAGUUGAUUCAGUGUAAUGAGCGCAUGGACUGCCGAACACGCGCGCCCGCGCAUUCAACGCGUCGCGAUUAAAUACAUUAGACAUUUUUUUAACAUAAAAUGAAGCGGAAUAUUCUUGGGAAGUUAUUUGGUUGUAUAUUAUCAUUAUCAAUUUUCUGGCUCUGGUAUAAUAUUUAUCAUAGAACUAUAUUAGAAAUCAUUGACACCAGACGUGCGCUAAGUGCAGUGAUCAAUAAAACAAAAUCUGGUGUGAUCUUAUCUACAAAACCGUCGAAAUUAAAAUAUAUACUUCAAUGGACUAAGCCUGAAAACGUGCCUUUUGUAUACAUGGGAGUCGGACAGAAUACGUUCUUCGAGAAUAAAUGUAAAUAUACAAAUUGUUACGUAACAUCUAAUAGAUACUAUCUAGAACACUAUACGCUAUUCGACGUAAUAAUUUUUGCUGGACCUGAGGUGGUACUUAUGGAUGAUUACCAUUUACCCGCCGAAAGAUCAAGUACACAGAAAUAUGUUUUCGCAACAAUUGAAUCGUCACAAUUCUAUCCAGUUUGUUCUUAUAAAUUCGAUGGAUACUUUAACUGGACGUGGUCAUUUCGAUUGGACUCUGAAAGUAGAUGGGGCUACAUAGUAAUUCGUGAUAAAAAAAAUAAAAUAAUUGGUCCUAAUAAAGUUAUGCAUUGGAUGAAAUUGGAAGACAUGGAGCCAGUGUCUGAGGAGUUUAAAAUGAGUUUGAAAACCAAAACAAAAGCUGUGGCUUGGUUUGUUUCGAAUUGUUUUUCUCGAAGUAGAAGAGAACUAGUGGCAAGAAGACUCGGAAACGAGCUGGCGAAAUAUAGUUUAACCGUAGAUGUUUAUGGACAAUGUGGAUUUUUAUCAUGCCCUAGAGACAAUGAACAAAAGUGCGAAGACAUGAUAAAAAAGACAUAUUACUUUUAUUUAGCCUUUGAAAAUUCGUUUAGUGAAGAUUAUGUAACUGAAAAAAUUUUACAUGGACUUAAAAAUAAUGCCAUACCGAUUGUUUACGGAGCAGCAAAUUAUACGAGGUUCAUGCCUGAAGGAAUAUAUUUAAAUGCAGCGGAGCUAAGCGUUGAAACACUUGCGAUGAAAAUAAAUGAGCUCAUUAACAAUCCUGAAAAAUAUGUAGAAUACUUCAAAUGGACAAAUUACUAUACGUACCACCGUCGAAAUGAUAAUAGUGAAACAAAUGACUAUUGCAGUAUGUGCGCGUUACUGAACAACGAGGACAUGCUCACGAAGAAAUCUGUGAAGGAAAAUUUUAGACAAUGGUGGGACUCACCAGCAAUUUGUUGAUAUUUCUCUGCAUAGUAUUGUAGUCAUCGACCACUUUGGUUUGGCUACUAAGGAUGCUGAAGAUGAAAAAGCGGAGAGGCCAAAGUAGGAAAGCGGACCCUGGGUUCCGACACUUAACGGCGAAGGAAGCGACGAGGAAAACGCUCAGAUGAGAGAGUUAUUGACUACGCCUUAGGUAAGAUUAAAAGUUGAUUGUAACAUAUAAUAAUUAUUUUGGCUAAUAAGAAUACAUGAUAUCUACAGACUUUGUAAAUAAAUGGUCAUUUUAUAUAUCUUUACACUAAAAUGCCAUUGUUUUAGUUACCUAUAUUAAUAUAAUAACUACUUUAGUUAUUUCUGACAUGUUUUUCUUUGAUAAUUUCAACAGAUAUCAUGUUAUACCACUUUAUAGCCGUUUAAUAUGGUUUUUUUUGUAUGUAUUUUUUUGUAUAAUUUUAUGUUUUAAGUAUUUUUAAAUCAACUUUUUGUUAGUGUUUGUGUCAGCAGUGUUUUAAUUUGUUCUACUUCUUACCAUUUUAUUCAAAUCUUACGAAUA